UAAAUAUUCAUUUAUUGUAAACAAUUAGUUAAUUGUUUGUAUCUUUUUGUUUUAAUGAGUGAUAAUUUAUUUUGUUUGGAAAUUGGAAUAUUGUUGAUUGGUUUGUAGAGUUUUUUCUGAUUAUUUGUUCUCUGUCAGUUGGUUCUUUUUUCUUGUGUGAUUUUUGGGUUAACCAAAGAGAAAAGUGUUUCCUCCUCGAGGCGAAAAUGUGACAAUUUUGUUUUGAAUUUUCUUCUUCAUGGAGACAAUUAAAUUGGUGAUUGAUUAUUAUUCUAAUUUUUUUUAAUUCUUUGAUUUUGGUGAUGUGUCUAUUUGUUGAUCCUAAUGACUAAAUUCCAGAUGUUUGAUCUUCUCUUUUAACAACAUCGGUGGCUGAUGUUUUCUUCUGGUGAAGAUUUUGGAGACUGCAAGUUGAGUUUGAAAAAGAGAAUGAAAAAAAAAGACAAGGAUGAGGAAAAGAAGAAGGAGUUAAAGUGAUCAUAAUACAUGUACACAUGAUUACCAAGAAGAAGAGACAAGGGAGAUGGUUAAAGAUCGAUAAAGAGAGUAUUGGUUGUCGGUUAAAUGAUCCAUAGAUCCUACUUACAUGAUUCUCCAAUCUUAAGCACUCACACCAUUACUCCAGCAUCUUCAUCUUCAUCAUCGUUAUCGUCAUCAUUUCAUCUUCCACCCUAAAGUAACUGGCUGCUCAUUGACUGGUAAUACAACUGCUUUCGUAACUCUGGCAUUUCAUCAAACACUUUCGCUCUCAUUUCCAGCCAAUUGUUAACAAAUGCUUGAUUAAUUAGCCAAGUUCAGUCUAUGAUCUAUUGUUGAUGUCACGGAAAACCCUUAACAACGACAAAGCUUUUAUCUUUCAUCCUUUUCUGGAUCAUCAUCAUGGUUGAAGCUGAAUUUCACCUUUUAAAGAGGAAGAGAGAGAGAGAGAGAGAGAGUAGGCUGAUGAAAAAAGUUCCAAACUGCAACCAGAAGAAAGUCAAAGUUUGAAUGUUGUGGUCAAGUUGAUUGAUGACAAUUUCCCUUUGGGAUUUUUUUUCUUGGUCUUUUUCUUGCAAACAAGAAAAUUAUCUUUCAAACAGUAACAUCUACGAUUUAAGGUAACGUUGAAACAAAGAAUAAGAUGAAAAUAAUUCGAGAAAAACAAACUAACCAAAACAAUAAGUCAUUCAGAAUAUAAUAUUAUCCAAAGGAAAACCUAAAAUAGCCCAUUGACCAGUUUUUCCAUUGAAAUUCGUUUCUUGUUUUUCUCCAUCUACCCUGAGAAUUGCUUUUUAAAACCAAUUACCUUUUUGCAAUCAAAAGUAAAUUGUUUGGAACCUCAAAUUAAGCAAGAGACAAAAAAAAAUCGGAGUAAUUUUUUCACGAUCAAGGGAAUUUGUCCAAGAAAAGAACACCAAUCAAAAAUCAAAAUCUUCCAGAGAAAUGAAAAGAAAAUUCUUGAUGAUUUAACGAUUGUAACGAAUUAAUAAUUGUCGCCCAAAUCUAAUUACCUAAACAGAGCACGUAUACACUAAUUUCAUUUAUCGAUCCAACAAUCGAGAGCCAAUUGUCAACCUCCAAAGCCUCUUUUAUAUUCCAGAUAAAUCUGAUUUUCUCACCGAUAAUGAUAACGUUGAAAGCCACCAAUACAUUAAUAAUAUACUAUUGAAUUUUCAUCAAUAGUUGCGAAAGAAAAAAAAAAGUUAAACCAUAUUGACUAAUAUUGGAUACGAAGAUGAUAAUGGUAAUAACAAUCAAAGUAUAUUAAAAAACAAGUUGAUUGUUGCAAAAAGUUGGAUCACGAUCAAGGAUGAGAUAACUAUUAGUUAUCAGGAACACAAUUGAAUGAGGAAAAUAUCAUUGGAAUAAGAGACAAGCAAAUGGAAAGAAAUUGAUUUAAUAAUUGACUGGAAUGAAUCAAAAAUCAUCACCAGCAGAGGAUUAUGAAAGAAUCAAAGAUUGAAGAAAAGUUAACAAUUAAUCUUAAAAGAAUCUAAAGAAAUGAUCAAAUAGAUGGCGAUAGUGACAGAAAAUGACAGAAUUGUGACAAAGCGCAUUCCCAGUUUGAAUAUCUAUCUUUUUCUUUAUUUUUCAAUUCUCUCUUUCUCUCCCUAAUCAUCAUGAUCAUCGACAUCAUCAGACUCUUGGAAUCCCAAAAGUAUAUAUAUACAUUGGUAUUCAUCUUCUCUCUCUAUUUUAUCUCUCUCUCUCUCUCUCUCUCUCUCUCUCUCUCUCUCUCUCUCUCUCUCUUUUCAUCCUGGUGAAAAUAUACUAACCUGAAUGCGCAUACCCACUGAAUACCCAUGUAAUAGUUGAGUAUGAGUGUGUAUUCAUCUUAACCAAUUCCUCUCGUAAGAAUUGUAUUUUUUUUUGUAAUAGUAGUAACUCUGUUAUAAGUAAGAUAAUAAUAAUAAUGAUAAGUAUGUUAGUAUUAUUAUUAUUAUUAUUAUCACUUUUACCAAAGUGACUGUGAACUGUUCAACAUUUAAUAAUAAUUGUGGAUGAUUUUUCCUCUCUAUCCCUGUAUGUAUAUAUUGUGAUGAUAACAAUAAUCAUACCAGAGAGUAGGAACAACAAUAAUAAUGCUAGAUUGUUAUUAGCAUUAUUAUAUUUCCAGAGGAAUGAAAAUUUUCAAUAGUAACAUGACUUUAACUAAAUGUGAUCUGCUCACUCAUGAUAACCCAUAAUAACUCAAUCAUAUGUUAUAACCAGAAAAGGGAAAAUGAAUUUGUCGGAUGAAUAUUAUGAAAAAAAUUGAUUCUUCGUACAUCUAACAUCUUUAAUUAUCAACAAUCAACUAUCAUCAUCAUUAGAAUGACAAUUUUUGGAUAUUCGUACAAAAAAUGUUCACCAAUUGGUUACCAAUCAUCAUUAUUGUGAUCAAUGUUUAUCAACUUAAUUAUGUGUAUAUAAAGUGUGAUGAUAAAUUAUUGUGAUAAGAAAAUAUUUAUACAAAUGUACUUGAAUUAAUUGUGUUAAUUAACUAAAUUGUAAAAUGUUUGUUGUAAUUAUCUAACCGAUUCUUAUGUAACUGUUUUCAUCUUGACCAUUUUCAUCUCAAUCUUUGGCUGGUUUUUUUUAUAUACAUCAUGCAAUUUGAUUGUAAUUUAAUUGUAACCAUUUUAAGUUAUCAUGUUACUUGGAUUAUUGUUAACCAAUUAACUCUAACAAUCAAAUCAAUAUCAUCUCUUGGUGCUGAUUGUAAAUGUAUUACCUUUCAAGAUACUUACGGUAAAGAGUAUGGUGUCUUUACCUCACCCAAUUGGCCGAUACCUUAUGAUGAAAACAUUAACUGCCUUUUAUACAAUUUCGUUGCUCGUCCAGAUCAAAUAAUCGAGGUGACAUUUGAUGAGUUUGAUGUCCAGCGAUCACAUUUAGCCUGUGUUUAUGGUGAUUUUGUUAAACUUUAUCUUCAUUUAAAUGAAUUUGCGAUUAAUGAGAAAACCCUUUGGAAUCAAGUUCUAUGUGGUAAAAUCGUGGACAUUGAACAAACUCACUAUUCAUCUGAUUCUUGCCUUAUGUUUGAAUUUCAUUCUGAUUGGAGACAUGGUAAUAAUACCGGAUUCAGGGGAACUUAUCGUUUCCUCGACAAGAAACUUUUUCAAACGGAUGGACGAUUAGAAGAGAAUUCAAAUUGUGAUUAUAUUUUUGAAAGUUUACAAUCGACAACAAUCAACAGCAAUAAUUCAAUUCAAUCAACUGAUUUAUCGUCAAUCAAUAACAAUACUAAUGUAAUAUACGAAAGGAUAACUCGAGGUCGAUUCUAUUCACCUCAAUAUCCAUCUACUUACCCUAAGGGGGUCAAAUGUUCAUAUACUUUUAUCGGUCAACCAUCGGAAAGGGUCAAACUUGUCUUUGAACAUAUUAGACUACAGAAAAGUGAUUCAAGUUGUCUAAACAGUCCCGAUGUGAUUUAUAUCCAUGAUGGAGGAAAUCAAUCAGGUCCGGUUAUCGGUCAGCUUUGUAAUACCAACACGUUUGUCGAAUUGGUCUCAACCGGACCCGAUCUUUAUAUUCAAUUUGUAAGCAAAAGUCAUGCCCCUGGUCAAGGGUUCAAAGGGAAAUUUUUCUUCGAGUCAACUUAUUCAUUUCCGGGUUCUAGUGGUCAGACCAAUUCUCUUGAAAUCCCUUCCACAGAACCAGAAAAGUCCAGAGACUCGCCUGGAGGUGGGAAAGUCGAGUCUGAAGCUCAGUCCAUUUCGAUUCAAAGUGUUAAUUGCGAUGAAACUUUCAACAGUGAUACAAUUAAAAAUGGAACCUUCUCUUCACCCAAUUAUCCAAAUCCAUAUCCAGCCAACGUUCAAUGUAAAUACAAUUUCAAUGGGCGAGGAAAAGAAAGGGUUCAGAUAAUGUUUUCCGAUUUUCAUGUGUACAAGCCUGAUGAUUCAUCUAAAGACUGUGAUGGUGCUGAUGUUGUUAUGGUUUUCAUAACAAUCAACGGACAAAAGGAGCGACUGGAUAACCUUUGUGGGGACACUUUACCUCUCCAAUUAAUGUCCAACGGUCCAUCAAUGACCGUUGAAUUUAAAAGUACAGAUAAUUUUGAACAAUUUCGAGGGUUCAAAGCUGAUUAUCGAUUUGUAACAAAUUUUGGUAUUACCGCUGGUAUUCAAGAUUCGCAAUCAGUUUGUGGGUUCAUUUUUCGAAGCUCUGAUCGCUCCAAUGGGUCAUUUACAUCACCGAAUUAUCCUGGUCAAUAUCCUCGAGACACCGAAUGUCAUUAUUUUUUCUUUGGAAAUCAAUCUGAACGAGCUCAUAUCACCUUUGCUUAUUUCGACAUCGAAGGAGUUACACCAUGUACUACCGAAACCGCGAGUGAUUAUGUUGAAUUUUCAAAUUAUCGGACUGUCGACAGGAAGAUACCCCGACAUUGUGGAGUGAAAAAGCCGAAAACCAUUGAAUCGGAUGGUGACUUUUUCCGAAUUACAUUUAAAUCAAACGAUCGUUUCGAUGGAACUGGAUUCGAAGCAUUUUACCAAUUUAGAGGACCCGAAGAUGCCUUCAAUGUUAAACAAAUUCGUGGACUAUCAUCAGGAAUCAAUGUUCACAUGAAAUUCUGGAGGAACUCAGUUCUUUCCGCUGGAUUAACUCUGUCAAUCAUGAUCAUGAAAUUAUUGGUUGUUUUAUGAAACAAGAGAAUGAGAAGAAGAGAGAAGAAGAUUUUAUUUUUUUUCUUUACUUCUCUAUACUUUCUAUUAUCAUCAUUGUCUUUCUAUCAAUUGUCAUCUCUAUCAUCACCUUGAGCAAAUAUCGAUCUUCUCAAUGGAUGCGGAAGUUAAAUCAAAUAUUAUCGAAUUGAUAAUUGGUCCAAUGAUGGAAUGAUGAAUCAAAGGAUUAGGUUCAUCCCUUGAUGUUGACGGAGGAAUUAAAGAUAAUCAAUAAUCACUCAAUUUACAGAAAAACAUGAUGAUGGAAAAUAAAUUGAUGAUGAUUUCUAAUUGAUUAAUCUGACUAGAAACGAAUCAAUUUACAACUAAUUGUUAAACAAGGAAAGUUGUUCAACAUAAUUGAGAGAUUCACAUCGCAAUCAACUAAUCAGUAUUCUGAUUGAAAUAGCCAUCGAUGAACACGGUUAUUGACGACUAAGAUAUGGACCAAUCAACGGAAUCAGAUCAAAGUUAACGAUGGCAAAUAUAAUAACACAAUUAACUUAAUUAACUAGGCAGAAGAAGAAACAAAAUUAUGGUUGUUAAUUAAUUAUGUGUCUCUUUUGUUUGGCAGGGAAAUUUGUUUCUCUGUUUUAAUCCGCGAAUUUUACUAUUAAAAUUGUAAUCAACGCAAUUAAGUUGCUUUCAGCUGUAAAAUCAAGUGUAAAUUGUUAUCAAAAAUGAAACAAUAUUUAUAAUUAACAAGAAACUUAAACUGUGCAAUUUAAUAUGAUAGCUAAAUAAUUAAGUUACAAUUACUAUUGUCUCUCGUUUUUCGGUAUCAAAAUAUCGCCUUUUUUCCGAAAAUUAAAAUUCAAAAUGUUUUCUAAUUACAAAAAUUGAAUGUGCUAAAUUCAUUCCAAUCAAAGUAAU